CGGCUGACCAUUUCCUCGUAGUUUCCGGCAAAGACUUUGCACUAGUCGUCCCUUCUUCACACACACACUCUCUCUCCCUCUCGCGUUGCAGAUAAACGCAUCAUUUGUCUCAAAAAUUUGGAUUACUCGUUCGUGGGGCGAGCAGCCGAGCAGGCCUGGCUUGCUGCUGAGCAUGGAGGAAGACAUUGGGAGGGAAUAAAAGUGAGGAUCCAACAAGACAGAUCGGGAUGGCCGAUGCAGUGGGCAGCGUAGCGAAGAUUGUCGAAAUCGCUCUCAAGAUCAAGGAAGCGGCCACCACGGCUCGCCAGAAUAAGAAGGAUUGUCAUCACAUUAAGGGCCGCGUUGAUGUACUCAACAAAACACUUUCGCACCACGAGAAUAACGAGGACUUGACGGAGGACCCUGCGGUGAUGGCUGCGCUUGAGGCGCUCCAUGGGAUACUCGCUGAGGCACUUGAGGUCGUCACCCAGUGCCAGGAGAAGAGGAACAUCAUUUGCCUCUAUUGCACCGCUGGAAAUUUCUCCCGGCAGUUAGGCAAGGUGGAGCAGCGGAUAUCGUACCUAAGCUCGGACGCAAUGUUGACCAUUAUGAGCUACCAACUACUCACGAAAUUUCAAGAAGCUGCUCCACAUCCGCCACCACAGAGGUCGAAACGAAAUCAGGAUGAAGCCAACAAGAAAGAUGAGACUCAGACAUCACGGAAGUCAAAACAAAAUCAAGAUGAAGCCAGCGAGAAAGAACAGACUCGGACUCAGACAUCGCAGGCUCCAGUGUUUGGAGAAUGGGACGCUGCGAUUGGAGAAUGGGACACUACGAACUCACACCAGACAGAGAGCUACACCGUAAUAUUCGAGAGGAUUAGGACCGAGAGUAACCACGAAUCGGCGGUGGACGACGUGCAGGGAUCAAGCGUGGAGGAAAACCGAGUUCUGAUCCAACUGAGUGAAACCAGCGCUCAUAUGAUGGCUCCGCGCAGCCUGGUACACAGAAUUGCUAAAGUUGCCGGCAACAUCAAAGAAGCGGCGGGGGCGGUUUGCAAGAACAAUGACGAGUGCCUUGAGAUUGGCCAGCUUGUGAACAAAGUAAGCAUCCUCCUGUCGCGGCUCGAGGGUAAAAAGAUGGCGCACGAGCCGGCGAUGAGAGGCGCCCUGGAGAAGCUCCUCGCUACCUUCCGCCGCGCCCACACGCUUGUCAUUGCCUGCCAAAGAAAGGGACUCGGCAUCGUGUGGCUCUCCAUCAUACCUAGUCGACUGUCCACACAGCUACACGAGGUGCUGGAUCAGAUUGCGUCUAACAUAGUUGACAUGACGGCCAUCGUCCUCGCCUAAGUUUUCAGGUGACAACCAAUUGAGGGUGGUGGCAACGCAUUUUUUGUCGUGUGCCUGGACCUUAGAGGAAUGUGACGAUGGCAAUUGCUUUCUAUAUUGUUUGGCAUCUAAGGAAGCAGCGUAGAAGAAAUUUUUUAUAGAGCAAGGCGAUUGCUAGUGUUUGUUUGCCUUUGGCAUCCGAGUAUGGCGCUUGUGUGCUCAAGCCGACGAGGUGACAUUUUCAAACAGAUGAAAAAACGUUAUCCAUACAGCAUUACAGCGGAACCCAACACUUACUGCA